AUGUCCUUGCUGUCUCCAGCAUCCAUUCCCUAUCUCUCUCUCUCUCUCUAUUAUAUAUUUUUUACACCUAAGAUUGUAACUCAGGUGGGCGUUUUCAAGCUCUUUCGGCCUCGGGGGAGUCACUUGCCUCAUGAUUAUCCCCCUCGUCAAAUGAACAGGAUGACUUCUGCCUCAGUCCUGUUUUCCGUUUUCGAUUGCCCCACACGCAAUACCGACACAGGUCGUGAGCACGUUGCUGAGUUGAAGCGGGGUUGGCAGAUGCUACAUCGCAUUAAGACGAGAGAGAUAAGGGAACCAGAUCUGGUACGAUGGUCUGAUCGUGUGCUACCCCGCCACCCCAUAUCUGUGUUGCAGAGUCGCACACCUUGGGAGAUGUAA